AGUUUCUACAUCUGCAUCUGUUGCAAAAACAAUGCGUCUUAACGAAAGUUCUUUAGUUACACCAGAACCUUAUCAUAUUCCUGGAUAUUGCGGUUAUUGUCCACAACUGAAAUAUAAAAUCACAGAAACUAUUGGCAAAACAACACACAAAUUACUCACUGAAAAAGGUUGUAAAUCAAAACAACCAGUACUGGUCCCUUUAAAAGAAACAAAUUUUGAAAGUACUAAAGAUGCAAUCAAACUUGAUUUGCUCGGUAAAAGAGAGAAAAAUAAUUGUGACAAAAAGUAUCGAGCUCAUAUGGUUUCUGGAUAUACAGGUUAUAUUCCUAAAGGACAACAUUAUUUUGGAGAACGUUACGCACUCUUUAGUAGAAAUGCAAUACUGCAUAUGGAGGAAGAACGACAAAGAAUUGAUACAAGUUUAAAUAAUUUACACAACACGGUUAAAUGUUCUACUCCCAUGAAGCCAAUUACCGAUAAAAAAAUGAUGUAUUUUCCAAAGGUUUUACAACAUUCACUUUCACCAUACACAUUAUCAAACAAUGACCCAAGAAAACAUAUGAUGUCUGGUUAUACUGGAUUUGUUCCAAGAUCACGCGAAAUUAUUGGUUCCGGUUAUCCAAAGAUAACAAAUCUUGCUUUGCGCCAUUUUGCAAACCAAUGUGCCACUAAUAAGAUUUUGUCCGAAAUUGCAUCAGAACCAUUAAGUUUUGAGAAACCAAUUCACGAUUUUCAACGUGCCCGAUCUGUUUACUUAAACAAUUAUGGCAUGGUUCCACAUUACACUGGACACAUACCAGGAGAAAAAUUUCGCUACGGUCACACUUUUGGUUUUAGUUCAUCCAAAAAGUCAUGUAAAGUUUGAUUAAAAAUGUAAAGUUAUG